AAUUUUGUUUAAUGAAUAGUUUUUUGUUUUUCAUUCAUGGGGGCAGUUUAGAAACUGGGUAUCAUUAAAUUUGAAUUUUUGUUUUUGGGUUUGUUUCAGCUGUUUCUGUUUAUUAAGUAGUUGAAUUUUAUGUCGCAGAGGAUUGGAAUUUUGUUAUUGAAUUACAAAUCUUGUAGUAUGAAGUUAAAAAGAAUUAGAAAUUGAUAUUUUAGAGAUCUCUUAGAUUUGAGUUCCUCUGGUAACAUCAUUUUGGUUUUUUUUUUUUUUCAUUAUUCAAUUUCUAUGUUAUUGGUUAAACAAACUAAAUUGAAGAGGAGUGCGUGGCGCGGUUUAUUUUGUUGAAAGACUUGUUAUAAUAUCUGUUCUCGCAUUAUGCUUCUGAGUGGCGACAUUAUGUCGGGCACAGAGGAUGUAAAAGAUCAAGAGAUGGUGGAUGAGAGUGCCAUUGAGGAGUCUCAGAAGUCUGUGCCAUCAUCUGAAGAGGAGGCGGCAGCUGUAAGAAAGAAGUAUGGAGGGAUCAUGCCCAAAAAGCCUCCACUCAUUUCUAAGGACCAUGAGCGUGCUUAUUUUGAUUCAGCUGAUUGGGCCCUCGGAAAGCAAGGUGUUUCAAAACCAAAAGGACCGCUUGAAGCUCUUAGGCCAAAAUUGCAGCCCACACAACAGCAAACACGAUAUAGGAAGUCUCCUUGUGCUCCUUCUGAGGGUGAAGAUGCAGGGAGUGCUCCAUCUGAGGAAGCAAGCGGAAAUGAAUGAGAGAUUGUUGUUGAUGUUUUCAGUCUUGUGAGGAUUAUUGAUUGUUUUUCUAAUAUCUAAUUAGGUUAUGAGAAACUCUCCCAUAAUAAAGUCGGUAAAAAUGACAUUAGCUAAAAGAAACAAGUGACAAUAUAUAUAUUUUUUUAUGUGGCUGAGACAUUGUGUGAA